CUUUGGGGCCCCUCUCUCCUUAUCUUCUAUCUUGUCUAUUCUAUAUACUCAACACCACCUCGCGCAACCGGCGUCACACCCAUUUCUGCGGCCCUGCCAAUCGACUUCGGCGAUCUGCCUAUGCCCAUUCGCUCCUCAUAGCCCCUGGGUCCUCCACUGCUUUUUUCUGGAUUCGGCAACCUUAACACUCGACGCCUCGAAAAGCCUCGCAUUACAGCAUGAUUCCUCUGCGUCCCACUCAUCGCGGUAGGAGUGAAGCCGCUUCGGGCUCCAACAAGACCCUCGAUGAUGAUGAAGAGGCUUGCCAUCCAGCCUCAUCACCAUCGCCUGGCCCUGCCAGCCGGAGAAGUUGGCCUCGCAUCCUGUCCGUCCUCGAGGCGACGAACAGUUCAGGAGCUAGGGCGAAGGCGAUUGAUAUCCAGGCGGGUCAAGUCGAGGCUGAUGGAAGGGAGGGUAUUGGCUCCUCGCUCCAGGCUGUAGCGGAAAAGGACGACGACGACGAGCCAGAGGAAUCGGCAGUCAGCUCCGCCUACCUCGUCUCCUACUUCAUAGCAGGCGGUGCUGCUGGAGCUGCUAGUCGUACCGUCGUUUCUCCGCUUGAGAGGCUGAAGAUCAUCAUGCAAGUCCAACCACGGUCAGCAGCAAGCGCGAGCUCCAAAGGCGGCAAGGGGGCGUACGGCGGUGUGGUAUCUGGUCUGAUCAAGAUGUGGCAGGAGGAAGGCUUUGCAGGCUUCAUGCGCGGAAAUGGCAUCAACUGCCUGCGCAUCGUCCCCUACUCGGCAAUCCAAUUCUGCACCUACGAGAUCGCAAAGGAGAAGCUUAAGAGCCCUGAAGGGGAGCUCGGUACACCGCAGCGGCUCCUCGCAGGUGCGAUUGGCGGGACCUUCUCUUGCGUUGGGACCUUCCCACUCGAUCUGGUAAGGGCAAGGAUCUCAAUUGCGUCGGCGUCACUGUAUGCUGAUGCGAAAGAGGAGACGACGAAGCCAUCUGCGAAGUUGUCGAGGGCGGAGAUGCGGCAGGUGAUUGCGGAGAGGCAGAAGAGAGUGCCUGGGAUCGGGGCCAUGACGGCCAAGGUGUACAGGGAGGAAGGCGGCAUCAGAGGGCUGUACAGAGGUUGCGUCCCGACAGCAGCGGGAGUUGCCCCGUAUGUGGCCAUCAACUUCGCAGCAUACGAAGCCCUUCGCAAGCACUUCCUCGAUUCCGAAGGCGACAUCUCUACCAUCUCGAAGCUCUCCUGCGGCGCCCUCGCUGGGUCCAUCAGCCAAACGCUCACCUACCCGCUCGACGUUCUUCGUCGGCGUAUGCAAGUGGCGGGGAUGAAGAACUCCAAGCUAGGCUACUCGGACAAGAGCGCCAUCGAUGCGAUCAGGAACAUCAUUCGUGCUGACGGGUUCACUGGGCUCUACAGGGGUUUGUGGCCCAAUCUGCUAAAGGUGGCCCCGAGUAUUGGAGUGAGCUUCCUGGUUUAUGAGACGGUGCAGGGGUACAUUCAUCCGCAUCCCAAGGAGGGACAUCAUCACAAACACUAAUUGGGUGACAUCAUCCAGCAGCAUCAUCAACAUCAGCAUACACUCACCAGGCGGCGAUGGAAGGCCGCGUUCCCGCAGAAUGCUUGGGCAGCGUCUGCAUCGCCUGCGAUGACCCAACAUAGAGAGAAGGGGAAGUCGAUCGAGAAUCAGGGAGAAGCGACUUUCCUCUUCUCUUGCUCUAGCGCAGCAAUGCAUCAUGUCUCUUGUGCAAUGAUCCUCCUCCGCCUGAUCAGUU